ACAGUUGCCGCUCAGGAUCCAAGAAAAUAGGAGAAAAAUACAACGGGACGCAGCCUCAUGUCCUGGUAAACUUGCCUGCACCACACAAGUACACGACGCCGCUCUCGUUGCUUCGGUUGGGGAGCUAGCUUGGCAGGAGGGAGAGAGCUGCGCAAUGGAUUCCAGCAGCAGCGAGAUCCUCGUCGACACCGGUAGCUUCCGAUUAUACAAGGAUGGCCGCGCCGACCGUACCGACGACAUGGACACCGUCCCCGCCGGCUUCGACGCCGACACCGGCGUCACCUCCAAAGACGUCGUCAUCGACGCUGCCACCGGCGUCUUCGUGCGGCUCUACCUGCCACACAUCCAGGCGGCUGCCGCCGACGACGGCAAGAAGCUCCCGAUCGUCGUCUUCUUCCACGGUGGCUACUUCGUCGUCGGGUCGGCUAGCUGUCCUAAGGACAACCGCUACAUCACCGACGUCGUCGCCGGGGCUCGCGUCAUCGCCGUCUCCGUCAACUACCGCCUCGCUCCCGAGCACCUGCUCCCGGCGGCGUACGACGACUCCUGGGCGGCGCUCAACUGGGCGGUGUCCGGCGCCGACCCCUGGCUGUCCAAGCACGGUGACAUCAGCCGAGUCUUCUUGGUCGGCGGCAGCGCCGGCGGGAACAUAGCCCACAACAUGACCAUGACCAUUGGUGUCCGCGGCCUGGACGCCGCCGUGCCGGCACGCAUAGAGGGCACACUCUUGCUCCACCCCUCGUUCUGCGGCGAGACCGGGAUAGCCGGCGAGCCGGAGGAAUUCCGGGACGGCGUCAGGAAGAGGUGGGCCGUCAUCUUCCCCGACGCGAAGGGCGGGCUGGACGACCCGCGGAUGAACCCCAUGGCCGCCGGCGCGCCGAGCCUGAGGACGCUGUCGUGCGAGAGGAUGCUGGUCUGCGCGGCGGAGCUGGACGCGAGGAGGGCAAGGGAGCGUGCGUACUACGACGCCGUGAAGAGCAGCGGGUGGGGCGGGGAGGUGGACUGGUUCGAGUCGGAAGGCGAGGGCCACGCCUUCUUCGUCCUCAAGCGCGGCAGCAGCGAGUCCGUCAAGGCCAUGGAUCGAGUGGUUGCUUUCCUUUCCGGCCAUUAACUGUACUUCCACACAUCCACUCGACUACUCGAGUUCAUGGAUCGAGUGGUUCGCCCCUGCCUUUUCGAUCAGUUACUCUGUUCCACAAAAUAAAUCAUCGUUAUGUUCUAUAAAAUUACUUGAAUUAUCUGUUAGUACCUGAUCGCACCAGCAUGAUACUGCCACAAGUGAAGACGAUGACAGCAGCCGGCCGGCUUGCCGUCAUGCCGAAAACUUACGCUGUUCGCGAACGCGUUUCGAUUGCGAGAGAUAACCACUAUGGAUGCAAGUGACUAUUCAGUCUUUUGUUUUCUUUGCAAAACAGAACUGUCAGAUUUAAGUUCUACAACAACGAACUUUUUAGGUAUGAAGCUAUCAAAGUGCAUUAGAAAAACAGAUUUUUUUUUUUCGGUGUUUGCAUUGUAAAAAGAUGAAGACACAACGCUCCAUAACAAAAGGUAUUGUAUGAAAGGUAUUCAAGUAUUAGUAGAGGUAAUUAGGUAGUAAGGGUAAAAGGAUAAGUUUACGAACAGGCCAAAAAGUCAUAAAUCUAAAAGUUGUACCAUGCCGGUAUGAUU